CUCAGUGUCUCGCGAUUCAUCGAUCAGUGUGGUGUGUGUCGCGUUGUUGCUCCCUUCGGCUUUUCGUAGCUUCCUUUUUCUGGCUGCGACGUACGCGGCGGCUCCAAAUCGUACUUUAUCCGUCUUCGUGAAAACGGCGUUACUGCUGCAGGCUCGACAGGAGCCUACCUGAAAACACAUAGAAAAAAUGAGACGAAGGAUAUUGUGGAUUCUGGUUAGCACGGCCGUCAUUCUCACGGAAUGCAACGCCGCUACGGAGAAAGAACAGAACGAGAAGGGCGAGAGAACGUUGGGAAAUUCGAAUUACAAUUCCUUUCCGGACGAUCUCUACCUGGACGAUCAAGAGGCCUCGGAAGGUUCUGGACGAGGUGGAAGCGAGGGACGAGACGACCUUGAAGCAUCCGGUAGUGGCCUUGGCCCUGACGACGAGGACGGUGACGAUGAACAUGAAUUCGACACGACCAAUAACAGAAUAGAACCAGUGCCAAAAAAACCAAUUGAACCAAAGGAACCAUAUUCUAUUGAUGAGAGCAACAACAACAAUAAAGUUCAAACCAACGAAGAAACGAUAAAUCGAGUGGAUAACGAAGAGGUCGAUGUAAUCGAGCCUUCGACCGGAGAGGACGAGCACGUGGAUAACAUUGGCGAUAGCCAAGACGUUUACAUAAUGAAUCCAAAGCACGAGGAUCGUGCCAGUUCGUUCUUUGCACAGCCAGGCGUUCUAGCGGCGGUGAUCGGUGGAGCUGUAGUCGGCCUAUUAUGUGCCAUACUCGUGGUGAUGUUCAUCGUUUAUAGAAUGCGCAAAAAAGACGAGGGUUCGUACGCAUUGGACGAGCCAAGAAGAUCGCCGGCGGCUCAAGCCUUUCCAAAACCUGGCGCACCCCAUCACAAUCGAGAAUUUUAUGCUUGAAGAGACGUAGCCCGUCUGGCUUCGUUACCGGCUAAUAUUCCUACCAGUAAUAUUCUGGUAGAAUGUCGUGAUUUCGAGCCAGGGAAUAGAAAGACACGUUCGAUUGAAUCGACGUAUCAAGACGAUCGUAGCUGGACGAUGAUUUGAAUGAUCUAGCCGUUAUGCUCGAUGAUGAUGAUGAUGAUGAUGACGAUGAUGAUAACGACGAUGAUGACGACGACGAUGAUGUUGAUGUUGAUGAUGAUGACUACGACGAAAAAAAAGAAACAAAAAAAAAAGCAAAAAAACGGCGUAACAUGUGGCAGCUCCUUAUAGGAUAUUUAAAAAAAAAUAUAUAUAUAUAUACAUAAAAAAGAAAAGCAGAAAGAAAGAAAACGAGGAAAAAAGUAAAAUAUACAAACAAACAAACAAACAAACAAAACAAAUAUGGCGAACGAGAAGACGCGUCGCUAUCGACCAAUCCUGCGACGAUGAUAAUCUUACUCGAUUAUCUUAGAGCGUACUCGUUCGCCAAUCAGACAUUAGUGUGUAGCGAUUGAAACGCGCUCUGCAGUCCUACCUCCGCUCUCUCCUUCUAAAGAAAAGAAAAGAAAAAAAAGAAAA